GUCAACACUAUCAUAUGUCAGUAUGACAUACCUUUGAACCUGGGUUUCAAACUCGGAUGUUCAAGUAUGGAUGGAUCAGUUCAAGAAUCUGUAGCAACUCGCACCUCCCAUAGCAUACACAAGCAUAAUGGUACAGAAAUAACUGAGGCUGAUAAAAUAAUAUGGGGUGAAAUCUGCUGUAACUAUGAAAAGAAUGUAGCAAAAAUAGAGGAGUACUUGAAAUCAAAGAGCUGUGUGAGUGAAAUUGAGCCAAAUCCAGCAGUUGGAUUUUUAACAAAUCAUCAUGUUCAACCAGUACUUAAAACUGGUUUAUAUGAGAUGCUCUUUAAGGUAGCAGACAAUGAUAGUUAUUAUGUGCUGAAAACUGCAUUUGAUGGGAUUGAUUUCCUUAGUGAAUACUUGUACAACAUGAAUCCGAAAUACCCGGAAAGGAGAUUAAAAUGGACCAAUAUAUUUGACAUGAAUUGGGUGAAAGAAUCCUUGGCAGAACAUCCGAGACCUUUCUUUCCUUUCCAACGAAUUUGGAGUAGAGAAACUGCAGCAAAGAAAAUUCAGGCCUUCAUGAGAGCGUAUUGGGACAGAAAAAAGCCAGAUAUACAAGAGGUUAGACUAUUUUGGAAGGUAUACACAACUCGACAGAAGGGCUUGAAUGUGGUUGUAAUAUUAUGUUCCACUAAUUUUCAGGAUAUAGAUGGAAAGGCGCCAUAACGUUUUUCCAGAUUUAUUUUAUGUAUUAUAUGAUACGAGUACAAAAUGUCCAAUUAGAAAAUCGCACAAUAAAUGUUAUAUUAUGCCCUUCG